AUGACUCGCGCUCAGCAGACCAUUUCUCUCGCCCUCUUGGUUUCUUCUCUCUACCUUGCGCUCUUCCUCGAGCUCAUCCCCCUUCCUCCUCUGAUCCAGGAGCAGAUCGUCCCUGUGCUCCCCUUCUGGGCCCUCGUCUCCUUCGGCGCAUACCUCCUCUUCCGUCUCGGCUUCGGCAUCCUUACCUUCAACGACGUCCCCAACGCACACAAGGAGCUCACGGCGGAGAUUGAGCAGGCCAAGGUUGAGCUCCGACAGCUCGGCGUCACUGUCGACUAA